AUGGCUUUGGAUGCUCAGAGGUUCAAGGACCAUUGCCUCAUCAUUGUGGGCGACGGUGGAAGGGCCGAUCAAAUCUUGGCCAGGAGGCGUUUGGCAGCGGGUGGCCGUUUGGCACACUUUCAGACCAAGGGGUCACAAGAUCCCAGGGUCGUCCUGCAGGCCGUGGAGGACGGCAGCACCUUCGACUUCUUUACUUGGCAGCCGCCCUCCGCGAAGAUGGGUGUUUCGAAGUUUGCGCAAAAGUUGCAGGGCAAGACUCGGACCUUCUGGACGAAGAACGGUCCUGAUGGUGUUGACUUGGGCGAGAACCUGCAGUCCUUGACCCUCAACGUCGGCACCGAUGGAAAACUACGCCACUUGACCCUUACAGAUGAUGAUGGCAUCGUCCUCGUUGAGAUGUCCGGGGAGAUUGUGCUGGACGUGGAUGAGCACACAGCCAAGACCUAUGAAGUGGACGUGGAAAACCCAGAGAUCAAUGCCUUCGGAAGUUUCUCAUGGCGCUUCGUACGCUUGGCUUUGCUGGUACAACUUCUUUGGCACGCUGCGAAGCUAAGCUUGUCGAUCGCCUUCGAGCAAGACAUCACGCCGGGCCGUGUGCCAUGGGCCCGGAACCUGCUCUCAGCGCUGAACUGGACGAUGACAGGCAACAUCGUGUGUACCGAGAUGUGGUCCUACAGCUUAAGCGGGGAGCCAGCGUCGGGUGGAACUCAUGUGGUGGCCAACUUGAGCGCCACGGUGGCCAUCAUGGCUGUGAGCUACUUUCAACUCUCUGAAUUUCUACUGUGUGUGGUGGGAGCCACGGCCAGUUUGGCGACAGCGCCAGCCUUCCAAUAUUUCAACACCAGGGACAGUCACCCCGAUCGACUUCUCUUGCCGCAUAUCCUGUGGACUUUCGCGCAGGUGUGUGGAACGGUUGGAUGCUUUGUUGUGUUCGGCAUCAUUGGACAAGUCUAUUCUCUUCUGUUGGAGAGUGGACAGAGCCUGGCAGCGUCCUUCUUUUUGCCGUUCGGCACCGCCUUUGGGGAGACGGGCAUGGUGAUCUUCACCCGAAUAGCCUAUGAUCGGCUGGUGCACUCCAAGAAAAUCAACGGCCAAGGGCCUUUGGCUGGAGAUCAAAUCUAUGUGGCUGCGCCCUGCUUGAUUUUCUCUGCCCAUGGCUUUGCCGAAGCCUGCCGUUUGGCAGCCACCUUGGCCGGAGCCAUCAACAGCGGCGGCUUUGCAUGGGUUCCUACCACUUGUUUGGGAGUGGCAUUGAACCUAUCGGCUCGACUUGGCUGGUCUCGCUUCAUGCUCAUCCAGCUCACCAAAAAGCUCAAAGGGGGGCCCAGCAGCAAUGGCCAUUUUCGCGCCAACGGGUUUGUGCUGGUGCUGGCGCUGGUGGCUGUGCGGGCCAUGAUUUAUCAAAGUUCUGAAGUCGAUGGCCCUUGGGCUCCCGCCUUCAACCUGUCCGCAACCGUUUUGAUCCCAGCGCUGAUGUUGGCCGAAGUGGUGGAAGAUGAGAUCGUCACACGUGAGUUGCUUCCAGUGAACCCCGCAGGGCCGGGUCUUCUCAAACUCAACACGGCAGGAGACAACGCAGACCCGGCUCAGCUGAUCACUUUGGAGCAUUUGCCGAAUGUCCCAGAGAAUGACCCCUGGAAGAUGAUGGAGCUUGAGACAUCGGGCCGAAGGUCAAAGAUGACUUCCAUGAGGAGGACGGCAUCGGCAUCAAGCCUCGGCGAGAUGGGCAUAGCCAGCUGCGACACGGCAGUGACGCAGGCCACGCAGGCCUCCGUCCCGAAGAAGAGUGUGUCCUUGGGCAUCAGCGAAACCUACAUGUGGGCGCGUCUGAGACGUUGGUUUGGACAGCCACGGGCCUUGAACUCUUCCGCCGCACUUCAUGGGCUACGAGAGUUGCCCUUCAUGAUCCACUUGAGCUUCAUUGGCAUCGUGGCUGAGUUCACUGCGGGUUUGCUGGGCCUGCUGGUGGGCGCCGGAUACAUUCGUGGCAUUUGCCCAGAGCCCUUAAGUGGUGCAGAUCGCAUGAUGGGCCUCCUUUGGUGGGAUGCCCCUUUGCCGUGCUGA